AUGUUCAAGGCGGCCGGUCGUAUUACGGUAAUCAAGCUAGGUUUUCGGGUAAUAAAAUGAAAACUUAUGUACUUUUUGUGACGUAACUCAUCUUGUAAUCUCGAGAAAUAGGUCCUUAACAAAUUGCAAAAAAAAAAAAAAUUAAAAAAAUUUCCUGGCUCCGAAACUGACGGCGCAAUAUUGACCGGUCACCGGCCGCCGUAGUACUUUCUCAAACAUGCGAGUCCCUAUAGCUAAAAGACGCACAAAAAUUGAUAUUUUUUAAGCUUUUUCUCGAAAGAGGGAAUACAAUAGAAUAUGGCACCUAUCUUGCAAAAGCCUCACGAAAACUUAUGCGAAAAGAGAAAGCUAGACAAUGCAACUCAGAAAGAAAUUUAAGGAAACGGAAAAAUAAUCCUCAAUGGUUUGAAAAAAUACAUAUUUUUGAAAAUGCAAGAAAAAAUUUGGCAAUCGAUUGGCGCGGUUUUGAGCUCGAUGGCGCGUACUUGGUGCGUGUCAACUGAAAGUUCCUGAUCCAUUUAUUGCAACGGAGAAUCCCAUUUUGCGCCAAUCUUCAUUCUUUAAAGGUUUGCGCAAUUUUCCUUGAGUUUUUCAAAGUAGUAUUGAAAAAAAAACUUUUCUUGAAACAUUCGGUUUGUUUCAAAUGGGGACAUAUCGUUUAGAAUAUCGUGAUACAGUAAGAGGUUUGUUAAAUUUUUUUAAGUAAACUUCUGUAGGAUACUUUUCAAUGUUCCAAAGUUUAGUUAAAAGAUGAUAUAAAAUCUCAGAUGAUGCUCAACAACUUAUCAACCGGUGAAGGAAACAUAGUGGAUGGAUAUGGAGGGAUUGCGGGAGUUGAUGUAAGAAAACAUUCCGGUCAUGCUUUCAGUCUUUUUUGAGAAUCUUUGAAGUUAUCGUUCCUUAAAAUUUUGAAUUACAAUCAAGUCAAGUAUAUUUAGGACUUAAGUCGAGCUGGAGUGACCGAUGAAAUAGCUUUUGACGAUGAUGAAGAUGAACCCGCUGAAAUUAACAGUGAUUGCGACGGGUUUGGCGGAAUGUGCAUUGAACUUUACAAUACUAUUGUUGAAUACAAAAGGUAUGAGACCCAAAGUUCAAAGAAAAACAUUUUUUUUUAGAACGGGAAUCCUACCAGCUGGAAUCGAUAAGCGUAAUGACAGAAGUGCACCCAGUCAUUGGAGGUUAAUGCGUAUAUCACCACUGAACCGAAUUAUUCAUUUUAUAGAUCUCGUUGUACGCGUUUCACUUUGGGUGAAGAUCAGGAAACCCUUUUUUACUGCAAUAGAACCAGUGCUAUAAACGACCAACCCAAAAUUGUAGUGAAAAAAGGCGAAGUUCGAAAGGUCUUGGAAAGGGUGCAUGAACUGAUAGGACAUCUAGGACAGAAGCGGACGUUUGAAUUUUUUCUGCUUUUUUGUCAUCGUUUUUAAUUUUUAGGCAAAUAGUGGUUUUGAGAAAACUGCACUGGAGAUCUGUCCGACAAGAUGUUCGAAACUUUAUCAAUAUGUGUGAUUUCUGCAAUCAGAAGAAGUUGGAAGGCCGGAAAAUCAUCAAAGCUCCUGUAGAUAUCACAAGUUAUUAUUUUUACUUGUUAGCUGGUGUAGGAAAUAAAUUCUUUUAGGCGACAACUUUGACAUUGAAAUCUCUGUGCGAGAAGGACGACCGGCUGAUGGAAGCAGACUGCAGCUGAACUUGGUCGGGUGAGUUAAAAGUUUCACCUACUCAUUUCUUUGUUUCCUCAGUUAUAAUGAACAAGAUGUGCGUACUGCUGCAUUCACCAGGAUGACUUCUUAUACUUUCAAAGAGACCACGAGCGAGUACCGUAGCAGAUAUAAUGUUCGUGAUUCUGCGGUAAGCAUUUAGAGAUUCAUUUUUAGAGGUAGAAUUCCAGGGUCCUUCUAGCUUUCGUAAGCAGCCGUACGUCAAGCGAGAGCGCGUCAAUCAGUACGCAGUUGGAUACCUCGUUCCAUACUCCCAAAGAGGAAGGAAUAUCGUGAGAUUUUUCGGGGAAAAUUUGCCAUUGAUGUUAGCUUUAUUUAGGAACCUGAAUUUAUUGAAAUUUACGAUCGUCCAAAUGUGGCCUACGCUGAAAAUGACGAUGAGUUUGAAAGAGUCAUAGAAGAGUGAGAUUUUCUAGUUGUUUGUUUGAUAUUUGUCAUCUGUUCAGGGAGAUCGUGGAACCGAUGGGAAUGGAAAACAUGGUCAUGUCAACAAAUAUGAUUGAUAGACAAGACGUACGUGACGGAAUGGCGACUAUUGUAACGCAAACCAAUCACCUGGAAGGUGAAAUUUUUUUCAAAAUAUAAUUUAAUGAGAAUUAUCAGGUGCUCAACUUAUCGAAGGGGGCGAAAAUCCUGUGGCUUGUGAUCUGCGUCCAACCAAACGCGCAUACAAAACGCCUUCAUCGAGCGAUUUGACCGUUCACGAAGACCCAGCACAAGGUGGCCCGUCUUCUCGUCGCUUCCCCGAUAAAAAGAUUUUUGGUUGAUACUGGAGAUUUUUCAAGAAAAACGUGUGCGUUUAGUUGAAGAGUUAGAGAGUGCUCAUCCAAAACGACGAAAGAAAGAAAAACCAUCAUUUGAAGGCAUGGCGGGUCGCUAUAGCCUAGCUCUGAACGACACAGGUUUUUAUAUUAGCUUUUCUAUGUAUUAAUUUGUUUCAGAACCUGGGGUUAUGACUCAAGCCGAUCUAGCGGCUUGCUAUGACCCAUCCUCGCAGAGUAGGCCAGAGAUGUUCGAUCUGCCUCCGAUGUGUUUAAUGCCGUCUGUUGACCCCGAAGUCAUUCAAAUGCAAAAAGAGGUUUCUCUAAUGAAAUUGGAGCAAUUAACAAUGGAAAUUUUCAGCUUCUCGCUCGCCAACUCAAUCUGCAGAGGAUGCAAGAAAAAGUUUUACAAGCUCAAUACGACGCUUCCAUGCGAAUUCCCAUUGCUCGGUUCCUUUUGAAUUUUGAAAUUUUCUAAUUUUUUUUCCUCUUCAGCUAUUCACAUGUCGAACAAGUUCCACAUAUCGUAGAGGUUUUUUUCGUGGUGAUCUCUUUGAUGUUUAAUAUCUAUUUUCAAGGAAACUAUCGAAGUUGAACAUGACUUGAAUGUUAUUGAUGAAGCUGAAGAUCAUGAAAUGAAGAUGCGGUCUUACGGUCGCAGGGAUUUGCAAUAA